AUGGCACUCCCAACCAGCGAUGUAUGGCUGCAUUACGUGAAAUCUGAAGGUGGAGGUAAAUGUCGUUACUGCCAACAGGUAGUGUCGUACACUAAGGGCUCAACAUCUAACUUGAAACGGCAUCUCAGUCGUAAACAUCCUACUGUUCCGUUGCAUAGAAAUAACCCUCCAUCGACAACUGAUUCUGAAUUAGAUUCACCGUUGGAAUGUACCUCAGCAGAAAGAAACGUGAGCAGCCCGCUGGCCAAUUAUUUCCCAUCCAAUAAGGCUAUGAGCGCAGAAUCGAAGAAAAAAAUUGAUACUCUAUUGCUUUUAAUGAUAUGUAAAGAGUAUCAACCGUUUUCUGUAGUAGAAAACGAGUAUUUUGCGCGUUUUGUUAAGGCUUUAAACCCUAAAUACGUUCUACCUACAAGAAAGAGUAUUUCAAACGGUGCGUUACCAGCGCUUUAUAACGAUACGCUCAAAGUCGUGCAAACCAACUUACUCACAGCAUCAACAAUUUCUUUAACUGCUGAUUGUUGGACAAGUAUCAAUAAUGAUAGUUUUUGUGCAGUUACAGCACAUUAUAUUAACAGUAAAUACGAACUGUGUUCACAGUUAUUAGAUUGCUCUGAGUUUUGCAAAAGUCACACCGGGAAGAAUGUAGCUGAUUUGAUCACGAAUAUAACUGACUCCUUUAAUAUUACCAGCAAAUUAGUCACUUUGGUUACAGAUAACGCUAGCAAUAUGCUAUCAGCUGCAACACUUUUAAAUAUUUCUCAUCUCCCGUGUGGUGCCCAUACCUUAAAUUUAGUAGUUAAAGAUGCACUUCCUAAGAUUUCGUCUACAUUAGAGAAAGUUAAAAAUGUAGUCAUGCACUUCAAAAAAAGCUCAAAAGCUGCCAAUAAGCUUUCUGAAAUGCAAACGAGUUUAAAUCACCCUGAACUAAAACUAAAACAAGAUUGUCCCACUCGAUGGAAUUCCACGUACGACAUGUUAGAUCGUAUUAAACAAAAUAGGAUCCCACUAGCAUCGUGUAUUGCCACACUGAAAAUCAAAUCCAAGCUAGAUGAAGACGAUUGGUGCAUCAUAGAACAGGCUACCAAAAUCUUGAAGCUUUUUAACACAGUUACCGUCGAAAUUAUGGCGGAAAAAACAGUGACAAUUUCAAUAAUGGGGUUUUUAACUAGGUCCUUAUUGCAAAAAAUGAAGGAAAAAAGAGAGAAAGAAAUCUUUCAUGAAAAGGUAGCUGAACUAGUAGACGUACUAAUAGUUGGACUUGAAGACAGGUUUGAGGCAACAAAUAAUUUAGAAAUUGUGUCAUGCGGGAUUUUCCUAGACCCAAGAUUUAAAAAAGUAGGAUUUUUGGGAAACAAUGCGCAAUACCAAGACACAUACGAAAAAAUAAUUCAAAAGAUGCUUCCACAUUAUAACACUAAUAGCAUUGAUAGACUCGAGGAAAGCGAUAACGGUAGCGAUAGUGAUGAGGAUAUUUGGCAACCAUUAAAAAAAGUUCGCAAUACAGAACAUUCAAUCAGUCCUUCUAGAAUUCUUGCCGCGAUUGAACUGGAUCGCUAUUUGUCUGAACAAAAUCUACAGGUAAAAUGCGAUCCAUUUAUCUGGUGGAAGGAAAGAGAAGUAGUAUAUCCUAUAUUAUCAACGCUUGCUAAAAAAUAUCUCAGUAUUCCUGCGUCUUCUGUUCCUUGUGAACGCAUAUUUUCAAAAGCAGGUUACAUCUUAACGGAGAAAAGAAAUAGGUUGACGUCAAAAAAAUUAAAAGAAAUGAUUUUUGUCCAACAUAAUUUCAAAAACCUACAACUGUAAUGAAUCAGCAUUCGAUUUGCAAAAAAUAGAGGCUCCAAUAAUCUAAAUGAGUGUUUAAGUUACUAUAGAUUUUUAAUUUUUAUUCAGGAGCAACGGUCCGAAAAGACCGUAUUGCUUGAAGUAUAGAAUUUUAUAAUAGAUAAGAAAAUGUGAAUAACUUUUGAACCAAAUUUUGUAAAUUAAUUUAUAGGUGAUUAUAGCAUCAUGAAUUAGCAGUGAACGUAUGAAUGACUUGAAACGUCUAAUAUAUAAUGUAAAUAUAGUUUUAAGUUAGAAACUUAUAGUAUGUUAUGAUGAGUUUACGAAAAGAAAAGAAAACGAAAUUAAACAAAAGGUAUUGUUCGUAUUUCACUGCAAAGUUAAAAUUCCGUCAAAUUGACUGGUACCGUAAACCUAGUGUUAAUCAACAACUAAUAAGAUUCUUACAUUUGUACUAUUUUGAUUUCUAAAGCUACGCACGUCUCUAAUUAUGAACACAGUUAUCAAGUCGUACGACUUUAAUAACAUGGCCUUUAUAGGUUCGAUUCCUUACCUCUUUUGUUCCGGGUUCCGGGUAAGCUCUUUUGUUGCCAGUAUACUAAGAGGUUUCAUGAACACUCCAAACAUUUUUGGGAAGCCAUACUAGCCGGAGGUGCAUGCAAAGCAAUGACGGAAAAAGUAAAA